AUGAAAUCUUAUAGUCCAUUCUGUUUAUGUUCUCGUCGAAAUCAAAUUCAGCAAUCAACUAGUGACUUUCAAGCUCACGAACAACAAUUGAAUUUCAAUUUAUCCGAUCAUAAUAUUCAACGUCUACAAGUAGACGGCGAUGGAAAUUGUCUUUUCUACGCACUUGCCGAAGGUCUUCUCCGUGAAAUGAAAAAAGAUCCAUAUAAUUUUGGCUCGUAUUUACAGUCAUUCGGUGUAUCCAUUCAGUCUUCUUUGGUUAGCUUCGCAAAAACUCUACGACAAAUCUGUGUAACACAAUGGAAACUAAACGAACAUUAUUAUAGUCAGUUUGUUGAUAUGCAACACAUUUCAUUUGCGAAAGAAAUGAAGAAAUUCUCCAAAACUGGUGUUUCCGAUUCGAUCCUAGGUGAUAUCGUUCCGUUGACUAUUUCGAAUAUAUUCAACGUCAGAAUAACCAUUUUUACUUCCCUGUCAAAUAUGCCUCGAAUCGAUAUCAAACCGGAGAAUUCGACAAGUUCAUUGGCGUGUCGGAGGGUGAUCUAUUUAGCGUACAAUCAAUACGGUGCUGGACAUUAUGAUGCUGCUUAUCCUCGACUGUGA